AUGUCAUCAUCAUCACCGAAAACAUCAGGGAAUUAUCAAACAAAUUUCUGCUAUCAACAACCAUCCUAUGGAAAUAAUGUUGGUCAAUAUUCAGUUAUACCAACAGCACAUCAUCAUCAUCAACAACAACAUCAACAGCAACUAGUCAAUAAUAAUGUUCAAUCACUUUCGCCAACAUCUCUAUCAAUUGUUUAUGGCAAUCAACAACAAGCGAAUGCAUCAAAUCUUAUUCAAGCACGUUAUCAAAAUGAACAAAUUCAUGAUAAAACUAAAACUCGUAUUUUUGUAUCAAAUUUAUCAUGGACGACCUUAAAUUAA